AUGGUGGACUGGCUCAGUCUCGCCGUGCCACUCGCCUACCUCGGCGUGCUAAUCGGCUCCCUCGCUACAUUCUCUUCUCUCUACCGCAAGCGCAAGGCUCAAAAAGCCGCUUCCCUGGAAGCAUGGUUCCCCGCGCAUCUCCAACGCGACAUCUACUUCUCCCUCAUGCACCUUGAUCCAUCCUCGCAAUCCGAAAAGAAAACCCCCGCAGUCCCCGAAUCCGUCCUAAAAGCCUCCCUCCUCCGCCGCGCCACGGAAGACAUCCGCCGCGUGAUGACCCUGCGCUCGCAGAAACAAGCUCUCUCCAUGCUCCUGCAGCGCGGCAGCGUAGGCGACGACCUGUGGCAGCGGUUCCUGCGCGCGGAGAAGGAAAUGGAAGACGAGGUGCGCGAUGUUGUCGCUGAGGCGAAUGCGUACGUCCCCGGCUGGGGCCAGGUUAUUUUCCAGUCUGCGAAUGAGAUGUUGAAUAAUGAUCUUUAUCGGGUGCGUGUUGCAGAGCAUCAGGAGAAGAUUAAGGAGGAGAGGGAGUGGUGGGAUAAGAAGAAGAGUAGUAUUCAGGAGGGGUUUAUGAAGGAGUUGAAUGAGGAGGAGAAGGAGAAGAAGGAAGGUUCUACUCAAGUGCCUGCUACGCCGGCUAAGGGUGGUGAGUCUGUGCCUGUGGCGGUUGCUGCGGCUUCGGUUCAGGGGAGUGAUGAUGAUGCCGUGUUGGUUGAGGCAGAUCCCUCGGUGAAUAGCCCUGGAAGUCCGUCUGGCGGUGGGAAGAAGAAGAAGGGCAAGGGGAAGAAAUAG